AUGUCAGGUAAAACUUCAGCAAAUGCAUGGGUAUACACAGAUGCCUAUCCACAAGGUCUCAAACAAGGAAAGAUUAACAUUCCCUCACAAGACGGUGAAAAAGUGAUCGUUGAAGUGAAUGCAUGUGCCCUAAAUCCAGUGGAUAUUCAAACGAUGAAUUUGCCAAGAAAGAAUGCAAACGAAAAAGGAAAAGAAUGGGGAAUAGUUUGUGAUUUUAGUGGAAAAGUAGUACAUGCAAAAGGAUUCAGUAAAGGAGAUGAAGUUUUUGGAAUUUCAUUCUCUGCUUUUACACCUUUGCGAACGGGAACUUUGGCAAAAGUGGCAGUUUUGGAUGCUAGUAAAACUUGUAUGAUCAAUAAACCCGUUUCAUGGACGAACGAACAAGCAUCUGCACUCCCAUUGGUAUGGCUAACGGCAAAAAAGUGCGUUGAAGAUGUCAAGCCAUUCUUGACGAAAUCGGGUCGAAAUGAAAAGAGAGUCGUUGUUCUGGGUGGUAGUUCAGCAGUUGGAAUAUAUACCAUCAUCUUGGCAAAGAAGCUAGGAUGGAAAGUACUCUCUACAAGCUCUUCACGCAAUAAGGAAUUCUUACAGGAUAAACUUAAAGUUGAUCAACAUGUCGAUUAUACAACAGAUGACGUUCGUGCGAAAGCAACCGCAUUCAAGCCACAAGCGGUGAUCGAUUGUGUGGGUGGAACUGAAUGCAUUGGGAUCCCAGGUAAUCUGCGCUAUAUCAGCAUCGUUGGUGAUAAGACCGGAAGAGAAACCAUGGGUGGUCCAUACACAUACUAUGACUGGCGUGCACCUGCUUACGUUAUUAGUCAAUGGCUUCGAUGGGCAAAAGGAUACGUUGGCUUAGGAGAAAGUUAUGAUGUUGUCAUUCUUGAUCCUAAACGUGAAUGGCUUGAAGAGUCAACGACAACAAUCAGCCCUGAUUCUAUUUAUAUCGACAGCGUCUUUCCAUUCGAAAAAGCAAAAGAGGCUUUCCAACGUCUCGAUACCGGUAGAGCAAAAGGAAAAGUAGUUAUUAAAGUACAGUAA